AUGAAGUCGAUCCGAGGAGCGAUAUGGUUGGUUCCGUUGGCGGUUGGCUGUAUGGCUUUACCCGCGCAAUUAGAAACGAAUUCGAAGAACACGGGCAAGACGACGAGGCAAGCCAGAACGAUGCCGUUACAUUUCAACGAGAGCGGGCCUAAUAACAGUUCGACGGUGACGACGACGACGACGUCCGACAGACGCAAUGACAGCGUCAUCGACGACAACAACGUUGUUAACGACAACUAUACCGACGUGAAGAGUAGCAACGACGUAGACGGCAUCGUCGCAUCGAAAUCGAAACCAUACUUUGCCGGAGUUUCUGCUACGAUCAGCAACAACGACGGGGCAUUAACCACGUCGAUAUCGACACCGACGUUGACAACGACGUCCACGUCUACAGAACAACGUCCUCUCGCGGGAACGACCGAGCUGUCCCUAACCAGCAGUCCUUCUUCGUCGUCGUCGCCGCCGCCGAAUUGGUCGAUCGCCGACGGCAAAACCGAAUCGACUUCCUCCAGAACGAUCGCUUCCAAUCGAGACGCGAGUAGUAGCUUUUUAUCCUCCUCCAAGAGAUCCACCACCGCGACCUUCAACGAAUUUGUCACCACGCCUGCCACCACGUCCGUCAAGGAGACGCGAGAAUCAACGGGGAAAAUCCGCCCUCAAAUCAAACUGACCACCAACUACACUAGCCUCGCCGAGACAGGCGUACGAUUGCCGGAGGGUGCGAGCGCAGCUCUGGCUAAGCCAACCAAGUAUCAUUAUUAUCCGCAUAAUCAACACAUCUACUUGUUGCCAGAAUGCGCGGUUCAACAGGUUUGCAAUGCCGUGUACGUUCGACUGAACUUUACCCAGCCUCUGUGCGCUUGUCCAGGAAGAUACCGCGAUCCUUGCAGCGCCUCUCUCGACAGCGACGAUCUCCACACUACCGAGCUGGUCACCGACCCUCGAACCAAGGCUCUAACUUUGGUGAAAACGUGCGAACCGGUGGCGGAAAUGCGCGAAUGUAGAGUACCAAGAGACUGGUCUCUCCUCGCGCUACAAAACGUGCGAACCGGGAAAUCUCACUAUCUCGUGAUAUGUCGGUGUCCCGAUGCUAACAUAUUGGAGGGCCCUAUGAGUCACGAUCAGCCGACGUACGCCAGUGUGCCAGGGAUUCGCGUUUACGGAAUGAUGUGCGUGCAAGGAAAUCGCAGGGGGCGACCUCUGCGAUAUACCCGCAGUCUUUCAGAAGAUCGAGACUUCCAACGAGAAAUCGAGCACGAUGACAAAGGAAAUGCAAACGAUCGGUUAAACUUCCCGUGGUACAAGGUGCAACAGCUAAUGGACGCAGCUCUUUGGGACUAGGACUCGUUGGCCAAACUUUCGCCGAACGAUACCGACGACGAGUGACGAUCAUCAGUGACAUUAUGCUUAACGGCAUUUUUUUUCUCUCUCUUCCUUUUAUUUAUUUAUUUUAAGAGUUUCAAUUUGCUUCGCUUCGCUUCGACUCUCCCCUAGUUUCCUUUUCUUUUU